GUAAAAAAAAAGGUGAUGUGAAUAUUUUCUGAAGUCACUGAACAUGCAUCAUCCGCUGACAUUAUUUUUAAGUUAAUGCGAGUAACCCCAUUUUUGAAACUUCUCUGUAGAUUAGCUGUGUUAAAAUGGAUCGCAAUGUGUUUUGAAAAUCGCAGCCUACAAAGUGGUCUACGUUAUCAUAAUGCUCCCAAAUCACACGUUCAGAUCAAUAAAAGCUGUGUUCUCUCUGACAGGUGACUACUUCCAUCUCUCAGAGCUGAGGAUUGUGCUGCUGGGAUCCAGAGAUGCUGGGAAGAGUUCAUCAGGAAACACCAUCUUGGGCAGAGAGGAGUUUGACCUGAGGACAGCCACUCAGUGUGUGAAGAGACAUGGAGAAGUAGCAGGGAGGCAGGUCACUGUGGUUGACACUCCUGGCUGGUCGAAGAAUCUCCCUGUAGAGUACACUCCUGAGCUGGUUAAACAGGAAAUUGUGUUCAGUGUGUCUUUGUGUCCCCCAGGACCCCACACUCUCCUCCUGGUCAUACGGGUGGAUGUUUCAUUCAAAGAAGAAGAAACAAAUGCUGCAGAGGACCACCUGGAGCUUCUCAGUGAGAAGGUCUGGAGUCACACUAUAGUGCUGUUCACCCAUGGAGACUGUCUGGGAGACACAACCAUUGAGCAGCAUAUUCAGAGAGAAGGGAAGGCCCUCCAGUGGCUUGUUGAGAAAUGUGGAAACAGGUAUCAUGUCCUCAACAAUGAGAAGAAGGGUGAUGUCACUCAGGUCACAGAGCUGCUGGAGAAGAUAGAGGAGAUGGUGGCAGCCAACAGUGGAGAUGUGUUUUACCCUGAAAGAGAUUGUGAAGAAGGAAUGAAUUGGAUACCUGAGGAGAUGUGGGAGAAACCAUCUUUGCCAUUAAAGGGAGCUCACAGCAUAGACCCUCUUCUUCUAAGUAUGAGUGGAGGCAGCAGACCUGAGACUGGAUAUGAUGGUUCAGAACAGAUGUCGUGGUUGGAUCUGUGGCUGAAUCUCUGCUGA